AUGCCUGGAGACUUCCUCAUUCGAUUGACCCGCCAAUUCAAGCUUUUGCCGGCUCAGAAUAAGAACGGCGCUGCCAAGGUUCGUGACACUUACGAGUUUUUGGCGUAUCUUGAAACACACAAACGUCUUCAAGAUAUUGACUUCCACUUGCUCUCUCCGCUGACAUGUUCAUAUCUGCAAUCUUUACUCGCUGACUCGACUCGACUCACUGUUGAUGACAGGGGCACACUCUUCGAGAACCUGACGAGGCGCACAAUUUUCCUGCUCGUCAUGGACCGGAUGGAGCACACCCGGCUCCGGGUCAUACACAGCUACGACCAAGUUUCGAGACCUUACAACAGAGGUGCUUCGUGGCUCGUCCCUCCUCCUCCUCCGUACUCGACUUGGCCGAAAUGUUGGACGUGCCAAGAUCUCAAUUUCCGUCGCAACCGAGAAGAAUAUACCAAGUAUCCCAUUCAGGUUGCGGUCGAUGUCAGGGAUCUCAUGGGUUCCGCAGGCGCUGGCUGCGAGGCCUGCGCCACGCUGUGGAAUUUGAUUCAGUGGUUCCGUGGGGGGAUGCAUGAUGUCAAGUCUCUUGUGCUGAGCUCGGUGAAGCCGCGGUCUCCUCUGGUGGUCUUUGUUGACCUUGAGAAUGGAGACUCAGAGUACCUGGAGAUUUACACGCGAGAGAAUGAACCUGUGAAGUGGCCGAUAAUCGGUGCGGCUCGUGAGAUAUCACUGAAUUCGUCGUCAUACGCCUGUAUGAAUCUUGCUUCCCAGUGGAUCAAAGAAUGCACAGAUACGCACGCUGAUUGUCGACGGCGUUCCAGACACCCGCUACCCACGCGUGUCAUCAAUGUCGGCUCAGAUGUUCAAGAUCCCUUCUUGUAUGAAUCCCGCGGCGAGGAGGCCCAGUAUAUCGCCCUAAGUCACUGCUGGGGUGACUCGGUUGCAUUAACCACCACCAAGGAAAACCUUGCCGACAGAAAGAAAGGCGUCCGUAUGGAUGACCUUCCAAGGACUUUUCAGGAUGCUAUCACCGUCGCACGUCGUCUCAAUAUCGAAUAUCUCUGGAUCGACUCUCUGUGCAUUAUCCAGAAUGAUUCUGAAGACUGGGACAAAGAGGCAGCCAAGAUGGCGGACGUCUAUGCCGGAGCCCACUUCACAAUCGCAGCUGAUGGAGCUGCGGACUGUAACGGCGGUCUCUUCGUGGGUGGGGAUCAGCGAAAUACAGAAGUCAAGUAUCAUUCCGCCCCGGGCGUCUGGGCGAGCAGAAGCAGGAUUUACAUUCGAAAACAGAUGGUACGGACAAGUUCAGAAAGCGUCUCACAUAGCAUUGGCCCGUCCGGUAGAAGCAAACUGAAUACCCGCGGCUGGGUCCUGCAGGAGCGCAUUCUUUCGCCACGCACGCUCCAUUUCACAGCAAGCGAAAUGUCGUGGGAGUGCGUGUCGAGUCUGAAGUGCGAGUGUCAAGUUGAGGCAACCAGCAGCUUUGCAGUACAGACUUUCGAGCAGAAAUAUGUCAAGGAUCACGUCAAAUGUAUUGCCGAUGAUGGCACCAUUGACGUCUGGCCACACCUGGAUUGGUCCAGCGUGGUAGAGUCGUACACAACGAGGGACCUCACAAAGACUUCGGACCUUUUGCCGGCACUUUCAGGGUUAGCAGCCGCCAUGUCCAGAUGCACCUCAUACUCGUACCUCGCUGGAAUCUGGAAAGAAGAGCUUCCGUGGGGCUUGCUUUGGGCCACCGAGGUCUGGGAACGACAGCAUGAUAAGAUCUUUACCGUCAAAAGACAUCAUGAAUACUACGCCCCGUCUUGGUCGUGGGCAUCUGUCACCGGCUAUGUUCGUUACAGAGCAAGUCCGACAGCUCUGGGAGGCCAAGGCCGCAUGCAUUCUGCUAUCUCCAUCCUGGAGACGCACUGCGAGCCUGCUGGUCCCAAUCCAUACGGCCCUUUGCGCAGUGGGUUUAUGAAAGUAUCAGGACCGGUAGUCCAGGUCCGCAUCUGGCCAACAACGCGGAGUAAAGUCCACGGACUCAAUCUAAGUCACUGGGAUGUUCAUCCGUCUGUGCGGCCUGAUGAGGACAACGCCUUCCUCAUUGUUAGCGAAAGGGACAUCAAACAUGGAACCGACGAGAAACACAGUGAUAGUGGGUUUCCCGAGCCAGAAUUCCACAUGGUGCCGGACGUCCUUCUCGAUGACUCCUUCAACGACCAAAGCCGCGACAUCAAUGCCAAAGGACCGGUGGCAGUCAUCUACAAUCGCCGCAACCAUGCAAAUUCUGCUAACCUAGACGAAGAGGCGCAUUGUCCCUACAGCGUCCUGGAACCCGACAUCAAAAGCCAUGAUUACGGUGUGGAUGCCAGCCAACCCCAUCUGUUGCUUCUGACGGUGUACUGGGAGCCUAGCGAGAGCCGAGAUGACGGCAAGCAGGAUUUCUGGGCUAUGGUGUUGAGAAUGGUGCCGGGAGACGAGACGAAGUGGCAGCGCGUAGGCAUUAUGCGGAGUUUCGGGGGUUAUGGUUGGAAGGAGUGGCAGCAAGUUUCCAGUCAACGGGAGGUAGUCAUCGUAUAG